UUGAAAUUGAGCGGCUAGAUCUCCGUCCAUCGGACACUUCCGAAUACCUGGAAGCGUAAUUAAAGAAGAAGAAUCGAACACAAAGCAACCAAUUCGUGUAGGCUAGUUCCUGAAAAAUAUAUUGGAUAUUGAAGUGUGUACUUUCAAAGAGCGGAUCUACGACUGAUCUUGUAGUUUACGCUCUCUUUAUUUUUAGUUGCGUUUAUUUUUAAAGAAAGAGGAGCCCUUAAUGCAUUACUACAAUUGACGCCAGAGGAAGCCAAGCGUGGUGUACUCGCAUGCAGUGCUGGAAAUCAUGCACUUGGCCUGGCAUAUCAUGGUAGUUUGUUAAAAAUACCAAUUACUAUUAUUAUGCCUGUAAACUCAAGUUUAAUGAAACAAGAACGCUGUAAGAAAUAUGGUGGACUUGUUUUACUAAAGGGCAAUAACAUUUUUGAAAGUAAACUGUAUGCUUUAAAAAUAGCAAAAUUGAAUAAUUUAAUUUUAAUCAAUGGUUAUGAUCAUCCACAUAUUUUGGCUGGACAGGGCACUGUUGGCUUAGAAAUCUUAGAACAAGUUCCUGAUGUGGAUGCUAUCAUCGUACCAGUUGGUGGGGGUGGUUUACUAGCUGGAAUUUGUGUAGCAGUUAAAUCUAUUCGACCAGAAGUUAUCAUAAUUGGUGUAGAAUCCAAUCGUUGUCCUGGUUUUCACGAAGCUAUGCUGGCUGGUCAACCAGUCUACACAGAAAAUCGUCUAUCAUCGGCAGAUGGUUUAGCUGUUUCUGUAGUUGGUGUGAAUUCGUUUGAAACAGCUCAUAAAUUAGUUGACAAAGUGAUAACUAUUGAUGAAACAUAUAUAUAUCGUGCAGUUGUUCGUUUAUUAGAACUUGAGAAAUCUGUUGUCGAAUGUUCAGGGGCUACUUCAUUAUCUGCAAUUAUGGCAAAUAUGUUGCCUGAAUUAGUCGGAAAAAAAGUUGUAUGCCUUUUAACUGGAGGGAAUAUUGAUAUUCCAACGUUGAAUCGUGUCAUUGACAAAGGAUUAGCAUUGGAAGGUCGUCUGUGUCGAUUUACAGUUGUUUUAACAGAUCAACCUGGAAGUAUUGCAGAACUAUCCCUUAUUUUGAAAGAAAACGGAGUUAACAUAAAAGACAUCAGUUAUGAUCGUAUCUGGUCAAUAUCAAGUAUACUACAAGUUCAAGUGAAAUGUAUCUGUGAAAUACGCAAUUUUUCACAUGGUAUCGACUUAGAACAUACGCUAAAAGCAAAAUAUAAAGAUAUAAUCUGGGGAUAAGAAUACGUCCUUGUAACCAUAUUGAUGAUAGAUUUCAGUGUUGACAUUGACUAAUUUACACCCUAUGCAAUAUGAAUAAUUGAAUAUUUUGUUUUUUUUUCUCUUCACUGUAACAUUCAAAUAACUUCACAUAAAUGUGCAUAA